GAUCUAUCACUUAGGGCCGUUUUAAACGGACCGACUUUUUUGUCAAAAUUUUCGACAUUUGUUCAAAAACUUGGAACCUGUGUGCAGUCAUUUUAAACGUGUGACGUGGACUUGUGCAACUUGUGUAAAAAAAAAUGACGCCGUCCGUGAGUUGUAGCUCUUACUUCGAGACAACACACACGACACAACACAAACCGCGGAAAACACAACAUCAUGGACACCGACAUGGAUAUCACGACCACUCAGCGUGGCCGGCAGACCAAAACCCCGGCGAAAUUCCAGCAGACGGGCUCUCUCGGUGCCGCCGUAGGCGGUGGAGGCUUGCUCUCCAGCAAGAUAGUGCUGCUGCCUGGCAUCUCGGGGAACACUCAUGUUACCACGGGAGGCGCUGCCGCCACCAACACUC